UCCAGGUAGACGUCUCAUUAGUUCAUCAUUAUUGCUGAUGAGAAAAAAUGAUGACCCUUUUCAUCGAAUAACGCUUCAAACGACGACGUAGCAGUUCCCUUAAAAAAGGAUACCUUUUCACAUUCAAAUUCCACGCAAAAUACGCACCAACCUCUCCACGCCGGUAGAGCAAACGCAUUCGACAAUCGCGAUGCGUUCCGAUCUGUCCGACGACAAGCACAGCGUGCAGUUGGCUGCGGCAGAAAUAGCCGAAUCGUCCGACACCAGCGGAUUCUACGAGCUGGCCUCGAACGGUUCCACCAACGGUAUCAUCAGCGGCACUGGACACCAUUCCCAUCAUCAUCAUUCGCAGCAGCAGCAGCAGCAGCAGCAACAUCAUUCGCCGCACCAACCACAUCACCAUCAUCACCAUCACAGUGGCCAUGCCCAACAGCAUCAUCACCAACCUCAUCAUCACCAGCAUGAGCUGCAGCAGGACAAGAACGCUAACCUGCUGUCGGUUGACUCCCUUACGACACAUUCGACCGGCGGUGCAACGCUGAGGGCAACAUCACGACCGAAAAGGGCCACCAGACGGAUGCAAAUGGAAGCUACCAUCGAUCCGGACAUGACGGAUUCCAGCUCGCAGAGUGACGACACGAGCUGCGGUAGUAGCCGCACGGGCAGCCGGGGCAGUAACGGCGGUGGCCGUUCGGGCCAGGGCGCCGCCGGCAAUGGUAACAGCAGCAGCAGCAGUGCGGCCCGCCGUCGCAAGGGCGCCAUGAACGCAAAGGAACGCAACCUGCGACGGCUCGAGUCGAACGAACGCGAGCGAAUGCGAAUGCACAGCUUAAACGAUGCGUUUCAGUCCCUGCGGGAAGUCAUACCGCAUGUGAAAAAGGAGCGCCGGCUGUCAAAGAUCGAGACGCUUACGCUGGCGAAGAACUACAUCACCGCGCUAACCGACGUCAUUAUCGUGAUGCGGGGCGAAGGCGAAGCGGCCGCAGCCGCCAAUGCUGGCCUUCCGCUGGCAGGUAGCAGCAGCAGCAGCACGUUACCGCUAACCGAUGCUGGCACACUCGCCCUGCAGAACAACUGUCUUGCAGCAAUCCCGACCAAAGCGCAGCAACCGGAAGUCGUGGGUCCGUGUCAUGCAGCCGAUGUGGAUCCGAUUACCACCUCGCUCGAUCUUAUCUCCGCGUCCGUCGGUACGGCGCUCGACUGCCACGAGCGCGUCCUGCAGCAUCAUCAUCUGUCGCUAGUGCCGCAUCAUCCUCAUCAUCAUCAUCAUCAGCAGGUGCAGGACGGUGCAGGCAGUGGUGGUGGUAGCAAUAGUAGCAGCAACAGCAGCACCAGCACAACAAGCAAUGGCAGUCGCAGUAACGCGAGUGUAACGCCAAAUCCACCAGCCAACUCCACCGGCAGCAUCGUGGAUGUGUCCGCCGUGACGGGAACGAAUGGGCACCAUCCGCACCAUCACCAUCACCACCAGCAGCAGCAGCAGCAACAGCAGCACGGUAGCAUAAACAACAAUCACCUUAAUACCCACCAUUUCAAUAACAAUAGCGCUAGCAGUAUAGAUAUCGAAAACAGCUUCUACGAGGAUCCAUUUCAGAUGAUGUAAUCCCCCAUUCUUGACUCCAACUGUACACCGCUCCCAAGAGGGGGGCAUCCCAUACACCCAUGCUGCUACACACACACACUGAUAAAUUCUACCUGAAUGCAAAGGAAAAGAACGAAUCAGCGUGAAGGACAUUACCCACCUACCCGAUAGUCCGCCAUAUUGGUGAAUUGUUUUGUGGCAGCUGGUUUCUUUUUUUAUCAAAACUUUCGGAGUUUCUGGAGCGAACCGCCAAUGUGGAAAGAGUGUUGAUUUAAGGUUCUUUCUGCCGCGAAAAGAAAUUGAUUUCUUUCUGCCGCGAGAUGUGUGCCUCCUGAAAAAUGGAGUAGCUAUAUUGAGUUAAUUUUCCUAAACUUCCCAGUUAAUUCAGUCCUUACCCCAGUACUGUUUGCUAGAAUUGCGUGCAGGUCACUGUUACUUGACAGCUCAUGUCAACAUCCAACAAAAAAGCCAUGGCCUACUUUAGUACCUUCAUUGAACCUCCCAACUUCAGGAUCUCUUGCU